CGCAGCGAAUUACGCCAAUAAAACCGCACUAAAAGCGCGCUCGCAGCGCGAAUAAAGAAUAGCAGCAGCGUACGGACGAAAUGAGGCACGAAUCGCUGGAAAAAUCGACGGCCAGACGGAAAAAUAGCAGCGAAAUUCGAGCGAACGUCGUGUAUAAGUAAAACGAAAGUUGUGUCGCUCUGUGCGAAAGAGAGAGGGAGAACCCAAUAUUUUUGCAAGCCAGAAGUCGAAGGUGAAAUUAAAAUGCAUUAGCCACCCAAUUCAGGAGAAGUCAACUACGAACAAAACACGGAUCUUUAAUUAAAGAAUCAGCGAAAAAUCGUUUGUGAACAUCCAUACAACCACAUAUCGUUGUUUUUGCCUGCUCUCGUGAAGUUCGCGUGUAUUGGUGCGCGCGCUCUGUGUGUGUUUGUGUGUGCGUGCGUGUAAGCAUUGGAAUGGAUUAACAACCCAACUAAUUCCAAAACAAUAAUACCGCAACAUAAUCGCAAUAGUCAUGCCGUUCCAAGGCGACAGCUUUUAGGGAAACAUUCGGUCGGUCAGUCAACCAAAAAUCAGUGGCUAUAAUUAGCACGCCCACGUUUUGAUUUCAACGAUCGCCAGCAACCGCCUACGCGGUUAAAUCGCAGGACUUCGCCAACAUGGAUAUGGAUUUGGAGCAGCUAAAGAACGACUUCCUGCCGCUUAUCGCCGGGAUAAAGCAGGAGCAGCUGGACGCCGUGCCCACGGAUGCCCUGCCUCAGAUGAGCACACCCAACACGGCCAGCGGUGCGCCAACCACCUCGUCAUUGAGCUCCUCUUCGCUGAGUCUGAGCAACCCCUGCGACAGUGCCGAGAAAAGGUCGGAGUCAAACUCUUCGGCAUCAGCCAAGUUCACCCUUUUCAAGUGCGUUUACUGCGCUCAACUCCUCGGAUCCAACGAUCGACCCAAGCUGCUAGAAUGCCUUCACGUGGCCUGUGCCCAGUGCGUGAGCACCAAAUUCUCAGAGCUGGACCGUUCCCUGCCACCAUUGAUCCAUUGUCCGGUAUGCGACAAUGCGUCGCAGCAGGAGUUCAUCGUGGACAACCAGUUCCUCAUUGAGCAGUGCACCGCCGGAGACGGUGGCGAUGGGGUCGGUCAUCUGGGUCUGUCUGGCGAGGGUCAGAAGAGCUCCGCUGCGGCGAGCAUCCAAUGCAGCAGCUGCUCCGAUGGUGCGGUGGCCACGUCGUGGUGCGUUGACUGCUCGGAGUAUAUUUGCGACAGUUGUGUGCAGGCUCACCAGCGCCUGAAGAUCACCAAGGACCACACGAUCAAGCCCAAAGACGAGGCCAACAACGAGCAGCUGGCCGGAGCUGCCGGGGUGGACAAGCUGCACAUGUGCCAGUUGCAUCCGCAGGAGAAACUUUCGCUGUUUUGCGAGACCUGCGACAAGCUCACUUGUCGGGAUUGCCAGUUGAGCGACCAUCGGGAUCACAAAUAUAAGUUUGCGCACGAGAUUGCCACGGAAUCACGACAGGCGCUGUCCACACUCGUUUCCGAAAUCAACUACAAACGCUUCCUUCUCUCCUCGGCUACCAAGGUGAUCGAUGACCGCCAACAGCUGAUCCACGACAAGAAGAAAGACCUCAUCAAAGAGAUCACAGCCAUGGCGGUGAAGAUCACCAAUACGGUCAAUACCCGAGGCAAGCAGCUAAUCAUGAGAUUGAACGAGGUGUGCGACAGUAAACUCAAGGUGCUGGUGGAAAAGAAGGAGACGCUGCAGUUGCUGUCCGACAACACGGACCACUGCAUCGAUUUCAUGCAAAACGCUCUGGAGAAAGGCAGUGAUUUCGCCAUCCUCUCGAGCAAAAAGUCUCUGGUGCGUCACCUGCAGAAGCUCAAGUGCCAACGGGCGGAUAUCCCAAAUCCGGAAAUCCCAGUCCGCAUUCAGGUGCAGCUUAACCAGGUUUCCGAUCUGCAGAAGGUAAUCUCGCAGCUGGGCAUCAUCAUCGUCGAUGGCAAACCGUAUCCGCCCACGGCCUCGCCCAACGGAACCCCUCAGCCACAGCACCCACCGCGCCAGCCUCCCAGCCCGAACAUGGCCCCACCCCUGCGCCCUGGUCUUCCACCCGGAAUGCCCGCUGGCCUCUCGCCGAACGGACCGCCCGUCAACUUCGGACCGCAGAACGGACCGCCGCUCUACAGCAAUGCUGCCCAGCAGCAGUUCAACAAUCUGUCCAUGAGUCGCUCCUUUCCGGGUGACGGGUCAGGUAAGGUUCGCUUCGGGGGAAUGCCGCCAGUGGGCAUGCAGCGACACGGACAACCGCACGUGAGCUCCUCCACACAUCCGCAGAAUAUGGACAUUAGCCUGCGGGGCCUACUGAACAACCAGGCGGCGCAGAGCCCGAAUGCCCACAUGGCAUUUAAUGGACCGCCCAGCUAUCCGUGUGGGCCGCAAGGAGCACCGGCUCCGGCCCACCAAGCGAUGGGCCCGCAGAUGCGUCCGCAUUUCAUGCCCGGCCAGCAGGGUUUCUCGCAGGGCGGUGGACCAGGAGGCGGUCCGCGGGACGCCAACUUUAUGAACAACAACGCGCGCUUCCAGUCGCAGUAUCAGCGUAUGGCCAACCACGCUCAGCAGGCAGCGGCUGCGGCGGCCAUGGCCGGAGCGGCGGGGGGCGGAGGCGGCCAAAUCCCUUCGCCGGGUGCACUGCAGCGACCACCGAUGAUGUCCAAUCCCAUGCAGAAUGUGAGUGCCAUGCAGAAUUCGUUGGGGUUUCAUGGGAGCCAGGCUGGCUUUAAUACCGGCCCACCGCAGACCUCCCCGCAGUUAGGCGGCGGCGGCAUGCACAGCCUGGCCAAGUGGCACAUCCCGCAAUCCGCGCAACAGUCGAACAUGUGUUCGCAACAAGGUCCCCUUUUGCCUUUUGCGAAUGGCCGCCAGACAUCGGAAAAUUUUAAAAUCUCACUCAAAUCUCCAAACACGCUUAAAAAUAGCACCCCGCCCAGCCUGGGGGGCGGUGGUGCGGGUCACCAGAGCCACGGAAACGGCUCCUCCAGCGCCCAACUGAACGCAGCUGCUCUGGGAUUGGGGCCAGCCGUUUCGAUACUCUCAAACGUCACCUCGACGAAUCCAAAGACGCCCAGUCCCAGCACCCAUGAGAACACCAAGGACUUCACCGAACCCAUUGAUAAGGUGCGAGAUGACUCGAUCAACGAUCUGAUUGCAACCAUAGCCAAGCUGGACUCGAAUGGAGUGCAGGUAUUGCCGGAGGGUCGGACAAAGACCACCUCGCCGCAGGUGCACAGCUCGACGGAUCUGUCCAACACACAGGAAGUUAAUAAUAAAAACGAACAAAAAGAUGAUCCCAACGAGGACUGGUGCGCCGUCUGUCUGGAUGGAGGCGAGCUGAUGUGCUGCGACAAGUGUCCCAAGGUUUUCCACCAGAACUGUCACAUCCCCGCGAUCAGCUCGCUGCCGGACGAGAGCGAGAGCUGGCAGUGCCUGCUGUGCGUCAACAUCAAGGAGCUGACUAAGGCGGAGGGAAGUGAAAAGAGCUCCUCCGGCGAGCUAAGCGCCCUCGAGCUCCGCAUCCUGCAGCGCAUCUGCCUAGAGUUGUACUGCCAGUACGAGCAGAGUCUCAACUUCCGGGAGCCGGAGUCGCCAGCCAAUACAUCCUACUACGAGAUUGUUUCCAGUCCCAUGUCACUAGACGUUAUUCGCACCCGCCUGGAUCCAUCCAGUCCGAAUCACUACAAGGACAUUGCAGGCUUCGUGUCCGACGUGCGUUUAAUAUUCUCCAACACAUACCUCUUUUACCAGGAGGACACGAAAACUUACUCCAAUGCCAAGUACUUGGAAAACUUCUUCGAGGAGCAGCUGGCAAAGUGGUUGCCGCAAUUUGAGGGCACCAAGCCGCAGGGUAAGCGAAAUACCUCAAACUCGCCGGCGCUAUUAGGUUUGAAUGCAACUGGUUCGCCGUCGCCCAUCGAGAACGGACGGAAGAGCUGCGGCUCGGCAUCAUUGGGUGACAGCGAUGGUGCCUGCUUGCCGGCCAAGAGGGCGAGACGCUCGGCGCACGAAUAGAACGAGCUAAUGCCCGGCGGGAAGGGCACAGACGGGGAGCAGCCGUCGGAGACGGGACAAGAACGUCGCCAGGAGGAGCAGCAGCAACUGCCCGCGUUCCUAGAGGAGAUGGACCUGGAGAUGCCGCAGCGGCCGCACAGCCUGGGCAGUAGUGUAAUCCAAGAGAGCGCCGAUUAUGUUCUUCAGUUAUUGCACGCGUACGCCGCAGCCUUUGGGCUGUAGAUGCACAUUUCCCUUACUCCGCUAAGGUAGAGUUCGUUGUUUUCAAUGACAAAUCGAUCCGUAGGCUUGCCCCCACAAUCGUGAGACACACAUACAUCUAAGGAACUAGACCUAAAAAUGCAGAGGUGCCCGAUGAACUUUAGUGUCUGGAAAUAUUUAAAAACUCAGUUGUAAAUAGUAAAACCAAGCCAGUCAUUUGAUAUGAUUUUAUUUUUAAGUACAAUGGAAUAAAUUGAAUCCCCUUGGGCGAGAAUUGAAUUGAGAAUUGAAAUGAAAUAUGUUUAGCUACAUUUUAAGUGUUGAAUAUCCAUAAACAUUGAUAUAAAUAUAACUAUAAAUAUGUAUACCUUUCUUUAGGGAUCCACUAGAGAUUAAAAGUAGGUGUAAGUGUUCAAGUUCGAGUGAAAUUGUCAUCCUUGUUUCACCGAUUUGUGUUUGGGAUGGAACCCGUUCUAACCAAUCUUUGUUGGAAUUGUAUUUACUUUUGUGAUAGCGAAAAACAAUAAGAUGAACAAAUUACCGUUUAUUAAUAUAUAUUAUUAUUACCAUUAAAUUAAACAAUGUGGCAAAGUUCUACCAUUAUUUCGAAUUUGACAUGUACGAUAUUUAUUGACUAUUGACCGCUAACCAUCCAUCGGUAGAAUCUAAUUAGGACGCUCAUGUGCAGCUCCCUAAGCUCCUAAGCUCACCCCAAAAAAACAGCAUACAUUCGUAUACCACUUAAGAAGACACUUGAAAUAAGUUAGCUGCAUUCUAGCCCUCUAAGUUUCGCAGAUGAAUCAAACCCUUAAAUUACGAGUAAGCAAAUUCAAUGUUUGAAUAUUGUACGUUUGACGUAGUAGCAUACAGUAGGUGUAAGGAGUGACUAGCUCUAUUUAUUACCAAUCGAUCGGCGGGACACGACUUCCGCAAACAUAAGAUGUACAUAAAUAUUUCCGACAAAGAAUCCACUUGUCAUAUAUAUUUAUAUAAAUAUAUAUGUACGUAUAUCUUUAGCCGACCGUGUAUGUAGUUUUUUAUAAUGCCGGAUCGAAACUAAAAUAAAACCAAAUCAGCUAAGGUCGAUAUUUUCAUAAAUGUUUUCAAUGCAAGACACAAAGAUCAGACACGAACAGAAUUAAAACUGGACAACUACAAGAAUAUAUUACAAUAGGACGCUAAAACGUCUGCUACUCCUAAUGCCGCCACAAUAGGGAAUAUAUAGGGGCGCAAAAAUAUUAAUGAAAUUAUAUAGCCAUGCAUAAAUGUUUGUACGACGUGCUCGAUUAGCGGACGUUGAUGUGUGCUAGCUAUCCUAUUGCAAAACACGAGAAAAGCUAAGUAGAUCAUGCAGGGCAUCUGCUAAUGUUUGUAUGAUAAAUGUGAAACUAUGAAAUUAUUUUAUCUGUUUUAGCCGUAAGUUUUACGAUAACUAAAGAUUAACCACUGUAUAUGAAUGUACUACUUACUAUCGAGUGGAUUAUGAAAUAAUAAAAAACUUCCUGUAA